GUGCUCUGACCCCCUGCUCCUGUCCUCAGGGAGUGGGGAAGGCCAGGGCCAGAUCCUGCAGCGCUUCCCGGAGAAGGACUGGGAGGAUAACCCCUUCCCUCAGGGCAUCGAGCUGUUUUGCCAGCCCAGCGGGUGGCAGCUGUGUCCUGAGAGGAACCCACCGACCUUCUUUGUUGCUGUCCUCACUGACAUCAACUCCGAGCGGCACUACUGUGCCUGCUUGACCUUCUGGGAGCCGGCAGAGCCCGCGCAGGAAGCCGUGUGCUCGGAGGACGCUGCCGGGAGGGAAGAGGAAGCCGGCGAGGGAGGCUCAGGGCGACUGUCACCUGGCACGCCCGGCCCACCUGGCCAGCUGUUCGCUCCAAAGACUCUGGUGUUGGUGUCUCGGUUGGACCAUGUGGAGGUGUUCAGGAACAGCCUGGGUCUCAUCUACACCAUCCACGUGGAGGGCCUGAACGUGGGCCUGGAGACCGUGGUCGGGAACCUGCUCACCUGCAUCAUCCCCCUGGCUGGGGGCUCACAGAGAACCAUCUCUUUGGGGGCGGGUGACCGGCAGGUCAUCCAGACCCCACUCACUGACUCCCUGCCCAUCAGCCGCUGCAGCGUGGCCCUGCUCUUCCGCCAGCUAGGCAUCACCAACGUGCUGUCUUUGUUCUGUGCUGCCCUCACUGAGCACAAGGUGCUCUUCCUGUCCCGGAGCUACCAGCGCCUCUCAGAAGCCUGCCGGGGACUCCUGGCCCUGCUGUUCCCGCUCCGAUACAGCUUCACCUACGUGCCCAUCCUGCCGGCGCAGCUCCUGGAGGUGCUCAGCACGCCCACGCCCUUCAUCAUCGGCGUCAACGCAGCCUUCCAGGCAGAGACCCAGGAGCUGCUGGAUGUGAUUGUGGCUGACCUGGAUGGAGGGACGGUGACUGUCCCCGAGUGUGUACACAUUCCACCGCUGCCGGAGCCGCUGCAGAGCCAGACCCACAGCGUGCUGAGCAUGGUCCUGGACCCGGAGCUGGAGUUGGCAGAUCUCGCCUUCCCACCCCCCACAAUAUCCUCUUCCUCCCUGAAGAUGCAGGACAAGGAGCUGCGGGCUGUUUUUCUGCGGCUCUUUGCUCAGCUCCUGCAGGGCUACCGUUGGUGUCUGCACAUGGUCCGCAUCCACCCGGAGCCUGUCAUCCGCUUCCACAAGGCAGCCUUCCUGGGCCAGCGUGGGCUGGUGGAGGACGACUUCCUGAUGAAGGUGCUGGAGGGCAUGGCCUUUGCGGGCUUCGUGUCGGAGCGCGGGGUCCCCUACCGUCCUACGGACCUGUUUGAUGAGCUGGUGGCCCAUGAGGUGGCGCGGAUGCGGGCGGACGAGAGCCACCCCCAGCGGGUCCUGCGUCACGUCAAGGAGCUGGCGGAGCAGCUCUACAAAAACGAGAACCCGUACCCCGCCGUGGCUAUGCACAAGGUGCAGAGGCCGGGGGAGGCCAGCCACCUGCGGCGGGCGCCCCGGCCCUUCCCCCGGCUGGACGAGGGCAUGGUACAGUGGAUCGUGGACCAGGCCACGGCCAAGAUGCAGGGAGCACCCCCCGCUGUGAAGGCCGAGAGGAGGACCACCGUGCCCUCGGGGCCCCCUAUGACCGCCAUCCUGGAGCGGAGCAGCGGGCUCCAUGGCAACAGUGCUCGCCGCCUGGAGGUGGUUCGAAACUGCAUCUCAUACGUGUUCGAGGGGAAGAUGCUGGAGGCCAAGAAGCUGCUCCCCGCUGUGCUGAGGCAGCCGCACUGGCUGGUGGCGAGGGCCUGCGUGCCCAGUGCUGGCGGCGCUCCCUUGGAGCGACACACCCGCCAGCCCCAGGUGUGCACAGCAGGACGCAGAGGCAAGGGGGCCCUUCACAGCCGGGCGCUGGGCCUUCCCCGACCCCUGGGGCCCAUCUGGUCGCAGGGUGUUGACCAUCCAUCUCGUUCGGGAGGCACAGGGCUUCCUGUAGGCUCGCCCGCCUCUGUGGUCGUGGCCAGGCCCGGGGCCGCCCAGACCUCAGAGGCCUUGUGUCUGAUGCAGCUGCUGAAGAUGGCCUUCGACGAGGAGGUGGGGUCCGAGAACGCCGAGCUCUUCCGCAAGCAGCUGCACAAGCUGCGGUACCCGCUGGACAUCAGGAACACCUUCGCCUUCACCCAGGGCUCCGCGCACACGCCCGGCCGGCCGCCCCGCACCGCCAAGGACAAGGGUCCCUCCCUCAGGACCCUGUCCCGGAACCUCGUGAAGAACGCCAAGAAGACCAUGGGACGGCAGCACGUCACUCGCAAGAAGUACAACCCCCCCAGCUACGAGCACAGGGGCCAGUCCCCCGACGACCAGGAGGAUGAGAUCUCAGUGUCAGAGGAGCUGGAGCCCGGCACGCUGACCCCGACCUCGGCCCUGAAGCCCUCCGACCGCAUGACCAUGAGCAGCCUGGUGGAGCGGGCCUGCUGCAGGGACUACCAGCGCCUGGGCCUGGGCACGCUGAGCAGCAGCCUGAGCCGCGCCAAGUCAGAGCCCUUCCGCAUCUCCCCGGUCAACCGCAUGUACGCCAUCUGCCGCAGCUACCCGGGGCUGCUGAUCGUGCCCCAGAGCGUCCAGGACAACGCGCUGCAGCGUGUCUCCCGCUGCUACCGCCAGAACCGCUUCCCCGUGGUCUGCUGGCGCAGCGGGCGCUCCAAGGCCGUGCUGCUGCGCUCAGGGGGCCUGCAUGGCAAGGGUGUCGUUGGUCUCUUUAAGGCCCAGAACACGCCUUCUCCAGGCCAGUCCCAGGCGGACUCCAGCAGCUUGGAGCAGGAGAAGUACCUGCAGGCCGUGGUCAGCUCCAUGCCCCGCUACGCCGACACCUCCGGCCGCAACACCCUCAGCGGCUUCUCCUCGGCCCACAUGGGCAGUCAUGUGCCCAGCCCCAGAGCCAGGGUCACCACGCUGUCCAACCCCAUGGCGGCCUCGGCCUCCAGACGGACCGCGCCCCGAGGUAAAUGGGGCAGCGUUCGGGCCAGCGGGCGCAGUGGUGGGCUCGGUGGUGAUGUGGGCUCCCGGCUCGCAGGCAGAGACAUGCGGGGGCCCCCCCAGGCGAACGGGGCUCCCCCAGACUCGGGCUUUCCGCGGCCCCAGCGUGCAGCCCUCUACAUCAUUGGGGACAAGGCCCAGUUCAAGGGCGUGCGACCAGACCCCCUGCAGCAGUGGGCGCUGGUGCCCAUCGAGAUGUUUGAGGCCCGGCAGGUGAAGACCAGCUUCAAGAAGCUGCUGAAGGCAUGUGUCCCGGGCUGUCAGGACUUCGAGUCCGGCCCCACCUUCCUGCGCUCGCUGGAGGAUUCGGAGUGGCUCACCCAGAUCCACAAGCUGCUGCAUGUGUCGGUGAUGGUGGUGGAGCUCCUGGACUCGGGCUCCUCCGUGCUGGUGAGCCUGGAGGACGGCUGGGACAUCACCACGCAGGUGGUGUCCCUGGUGCAGCUGCUCUCGGACCCCUUCUACCGCACCCUGGAGGGCUUCCGCCUGCUGGUGGAGAAGGAGUGGCUGUCCUUUGGCCAUCGCUUCAGCCACCGGGGGGCCCACACCCUGGCCGGGCAGAGCAGCGGCUUCACGCCCGUCUUCCUGCAGUUCCUGGACUGUGUGCACCAGGUCCACCUGCAAUUCCCCAUGGAGUUCGAGUUCAGUCCCUUCUACCUCAAGUUUCUUGGCUACCACCACGUGUCCCGCCGCUUCCGGACCUUCCUGCUGGACUCGGACUAUGAGCGCAUUGAGCUAGGGCUGCUGUACGAGGAGAAGGGGGAGCGCAAGGGCCCGCAGGCCUGCAGGUCUGUGUGGGAGUAUGUGGACCGGCUGAGCAAGAGGACGCCCGUGUUCUACAACUACAUGUACGCGCCCGAGGACACGGAGGUCCUGCGGCCCUACAGCAACGUGUCCAACCUGAAGGUGUGGGACUUCUACACCGAGGAAACGCUGGCCCAGGGCCCCCCCUAUGACUGGGAGCUGGCCCAGGUGUCCCCGGAGCCCCCGGAGGAGGAGCGGCCCGACGGGGGUGCUCCCCAGAGCCGGCGCCGCGUGGUGUGGCCCUGCUACGACAGCCGUCCCCGGGCCCAGCCCGACGCCAUCUCACGCCUGCUGGAGGAGCUGCAGCGGCUGGAGACCGAGCUGGGCCGGCCCCCUGAGCGGUGGAAGGACAACUGGGAUCGGGUGAAGGCUGCCCAGCGCCUCGAAGGCCGGCCAGACGGACGUGGCACCCCCAGUUCUCUGCUGGUGUCCAGUGUGCCCCACCACCGCCGCUCGCUGGGUGUGUACCUGCAAGAGGGGCCUGUGGGCUCCACCCUGAGCCUCAGCCUGGACAGUGACCAGAGCAGUGGCUCAACCACAUCCGGCUCCCGCCAGGCCGCCCGCCGCAGCACCAGCACCCUGUACAGCCAGUUCCAGACGGCUGAGAGUGAGAACAGGUCCUACGAGGGCACCCUCUACAAGAAGGGGGCCUUCAUGAAGCCCUGGAAGGCCCGCUGGUUCGUGCUGGACAAGACUAAGCACCAGCUGCGCUACUACGACCACCGCGUGGAUACAGAGUGCAAGGGGGUCAUCGACCUGGCGGAGGUGGAGGCCGUGGUGCCUGGCACUCCCACCAUGGGCGCCCCCAAGACCGUGGACGAGAAGGCCUUCUUCGAUGUGAAGACGACUCGUCGUGUUUACAACUUCUGUGCCCAGGACGUGCCGUCGGCCCAGCAGUGGGUGGACCAGAUCCAGAGCUGCCUGUCAGACGCCUGAGCCCAGCCCUGCCCGGCUGCGCUGUGUCCAGUCACAGACCACUAGGGGUGGGCAGGGCCCCCCGGCCAUGUUUACAGCCCCCACCCUUGACAGUAUUGAGGCCCAGCCCCCGAAUUUGUGUGUAUAGCCCCUGCCAACCCCAUCCUGCCCACCCUGCCCGCCUGGUCAGCUCUGACUUAUUUUGGAGUCCUGGCUGAGCGUUGGCGGGAGGCGCCAUGGUACAGCCCUCUCGGUGGGCCUGUAAAUAGCCCAGCCCUGUCCGCGUGGUGGCCCCGGCGGCCCGCAGGCACCCUGUUCCUACAAACAGAGUCUAUAAAGAGAACUAACUAUGUGCCACA